UGAGUGCUUGUUAAUGAACAAGACUUCAACCAUUUAAGAGUUUAAACGACCGGCGACAUCGCCUUCCAUACUCCCUAAACUGACUGAAUUCCAGUGUUGUACACUGAGGGGUCGGAAUUGAGAACCGACCAUGAGUCGAAAAGACAGCAAGAAGUUUGGCCACAGGAGACAGGGGAGUAUUGAUCUGCUGGAAGUGAUGGGAGUGGUGAGAGAGAGUUCCACUGAGACCCUGGCCAUGCCCCCCGUGAAUAACCCACUGUCAUUCGACUACGUUCUGGUGGCCAAAAAUGUAGAUGACGAAAGCCGAGAGCUUGUCAGAAAACGGGUGCAGUUUAUCGACGCAUUAAAAAACAAGAACUUACAAGUGAAGAAAAUGAUCAGUGAUGAUAAAGUUUUCUAUGGGAUUACUGCUCCCAGUGACGUCUUUGACAAGUACAGAUAUCUCCUCAAAGUGUCUGACACCUGCAACUGGAGCUGUGAACAGCAGGGCACUGUUGCUCAGUCCACCAGGAUACGGCUUGUUGACUUCAUCCUUAACCACACUAGCAUUGAGAAUGAUGGUGAGUUCACUAGCGUUGAUAAUGACGAGUACCUGCCCGACCUUAUGAAGAAAAAUGUGUUUGAGGCUGAGUUCUGUCUGCAUGAGAAAAAGGACCAGAAGGAGUUGAGGACGAGCUGGGCCCGAUGGACAGCCUGUUUCCAGGGGCAACCCAUCUCCCAAGUCAGGGAAUACUUUGGGGAGAAGGUGGCACUGUACUACCUGUGGUUGGGAUGGUACACUUUCCUGCUGAUUCCUGCUGCCUUUAUUGGGGUUGUAGUUUUUCUGUAUGGCCUGAGCUUCUACCAGACCAGUCCCCUAAUAAAAGAAGUGUGUGAUUCAGACACCAUCAUGUGUCCUCUCUGUGAUAAAACAUGCAAGGUGUGGCAGCUCUCAGACACCUGCACCUAUGCAAAGCUGAGCAGGUUGUUUGAUAAUGGAGGCACUGUGGCUUUUGCCAUGUUCAUGGCAGUAUGGGCGACAGUGUUUCUGGAAUUCUGGAAAAGACACAGAGCCUCAUACGUGAGUGAGUGGAGUGUCUUUGACUGGUGUGAGGAAGAGGAGGAGCUUAUUUUGGAGUUGCUGAACGACCCUGAGUAUGACCCGGAGGACGAUGAACACUCAUACCUUUGCAGUACAGUGGUGCUGAUAUUAACCACAAUCAUGCUGCUGCUGAUCAUUGGUCUGACCCAUGCCCUGGUGGUGUUCCGAGUCAUUGCUCUGUUCCUGUUUGCUGAAUACAGUCCCUGGCAGUUCCUGAAAGACAACUCGAGCAUGGCCGCACUCAUGCUAGGGGCCGUGCUACAUUACAUCAUCAUCACUGUCAUGACACGGGUCAACCGAAUAGUGGCCAUGAAGCUGUGUCAAAUAGAGAAAGGUAACUCGCUCACUGCUGCUGAGAGGAGCUUCACAGUGAAGAUGUUCAUAUUCCAGUUCUUCACUCUUUUCUCCUCCCUCAUCUACACUGCGUUCUUCCUAGGCAGGAUAAACGGCCACCCAGGAGGCUACGUGCGGAUCUCUGGGAAAUGGAGACUGGAGGAGUGUCAUCCCAGUGGCUGUUUGACAGAUUUGUUCAUCCAGAUGUCCAUAAUCAUGGUUCUGAAACAGAUCUUUAAUAAUGUCUUUGAAUACACUGGACCCUGGUGUAAGAGUUGGUUGAAGAGAAAACAGACAGGGAAACAGAAGAGGAUGUGUUCUCGGUGCUGCGAUGAAGAGACCUCAGAGACCAAACAAGGGGCUGAACUGUGUGAAAACUGCAAACUGCUGGAGCUGAAUAGAAACUACACCCUCAAUAAAGUCGACUCUUUCAGUCUCUUCGAUGAAUUCCUGGAGAUGGUGAUACAGUUCAGUUUCACCACCAUCUUUGUGGCUGCCUUUCCGCUGGCUCCUCUGCUGGCCCUGCUGAACAACAUCAUCGAGAUCCGACUGGACGCCAUUAAAAUGGUGUGUCUGGAACGCAGACUGGUGCCCAAGAAGACCAACGAUAUCGGAGUAUGGAUUGAUGUACUGGAAGCCAUCGGCGUGUUUGCAGUCAUUGCUAACGGACUGGUCAUUGGAAUUACCUCUGAUUUCAUCCCGCGGCUUGUGUACCGCUACCAUUAUGGCCCCUGCGCCAACUCCUCAUCGACAGAUAUCGAUUGCAUGGUUGGCUACAUCAAUAACACCCUGUCCAUUGCCCGUAUUGAUGAUGAAAAUGUACGAAAAGACUUCCAGCCAACCCAGCUGGUCACCCCUGAUGGGGUUAAUGUAACCCACUGCAGUUAUAAAGACUACAGAAAUAACGAGGACUUCAGCUUCACGCCGCAGUUCUGGUUCAUCCUGGCCAUACGAUUAGGCUUCAUCAUCCUGUUUGAGCAUGUUGUAGUUAUAUUUAAAUCUGUCGCUGGCUGGUUUGUACCCAGUUCUCCUCUGGAGGUGAAGAAUUGCAGACGCAGGGUUAAACUGAAAAGACUGAGAGAAGAGUUAAACGGAUGCACCUCACGAAAUAUAACUGAAAAUUUCAACUGCAACACCUCAGAGAAAGGACACUACAGAACUAAAUGAACAAACAAACAAACCAAAAAUUCUAUAAAGCUUUAAUCUUCUCCUCUCAAGUGGACUUAAGGAUGAAAAAGAAAACCUGGUCACGGUGUCCUUUCAUGACC